GUCAUCUGCCGGCGCGGGUGACAUUUAGACAUGGCGGACAAGGGAAGCGCGCAUGGGCCGGGCUCUAUGGAGCAGGAGAAGCUGACCAGAGAGCAGAUACGGAGCAGGGAGAUGGCUUACUGGGCGAAGAAUUCAGGAAGGCUGCGGACGAGAAAUAUAUUCACCGGCCUGGCCAUAGGAGGAAUAGUGCUGGGGAUCUACGGGUACACCUUCUUUUCUGUGUCUCAAGAAAAGUUUCUGGAUGAGCUUGAAGAUGAAGCCAAAGUUGUACGAGCAAAUUAUCCAAAAACAUCAGCAAAUUAAAUGGCCAUUGGGACAUGAACUGCGGCUUAUGAAGUCUCUCGAAUUCUCCAGCCAUGGGAAUGAGCAAUUUGAGUCCGGAGCUCUGAUGUUCGCGUACAGUAAAUCCAGUCCAGGGUCAGAAGUUAUCACAGACUGAAAGAUAUCUGUAUGACAUAAAUGUAUGUUCCGUCUGGAAUGUGGUGGGUGGUAGAUCUCCGUAUCUUAUUCCAGCUCCCUCACUUGAUUGCCCUUGUAUUAAUAAAACUUAUAAAGACAUCUGCUGUAUAUUUAUUUAAAUAAAAUUUGAGAAUUUUCACUAUU